CUCUUUCUUUUUCCAAUAGACCAGCCAACUCUUUUUCUUCCUUUGGAGCUCGUGUUGUUUCUUCAGCACAUCUUUAUCUUUCAGUCCGCCCUGUCUGCCAACAUGUGCAGCUGUUGAAAAGACCGUCCAUCGGGUCUUUGGGUUGUCAGAGCAGCAGCACGCGUCGCGUUGUUCGGUCUGCGUACCCCUCCCUGCCAUCCUCAGUUCAGCACUCCCACGAGCAGCCGACGAGCUCGAAAUAUCCUUAUGAAUGGCAGCUGCUGUAUUCAUACCACCCUCGCCCCAUGAUCCUCUUGUAAAAAUGGCCAACGUCUCCCGUCGAGUCCCUCUGGCGAGCCUUUCGAACGCCACAAAUUCCCCCCAUAGGCCUCUCACCCACAGCGGUUCCAAGCGGCCGAGGAGUCUGGCCAAUGUGGCUCAACAGGAAAAUGAACCACCGCAGAAGCGUCUGGCGGUGGAGAAAAAUGGAAAGGAUGCCAACAGGAACCCGGCCACGCCUCAGAGGCAGUCGGGCCCCAGCAUGGCCGAAGGUCGCGUGUUUGAACGAGGGAAUGGUGAGUCUGGAUCUACCGCUUUCCAAAGGAGGCUCGUAGCUGCCCGGGAGAAAUCCACGGGGCUCCGGAUCACCAAGAACGUUGAGUCGACCACCAAGGAAGAUAGUAUCCGCACCUGGCAGAAACAUUACCGAAAACUCUUUCCAACGUAUAGCUUCUACUUUGACGGCAUCUCGGAGGACACACGCGCACGCUUCCUCCGACAGAUCACGGGUUUAGGAGCGAAGGAAGAAAAGUUUUUCUCCAAAGCGGUCACGCACAUCGUCACGACCCGUCACAUUCCUACAGAAAAUACAUCUUCCAACGACACCGCCCAGCAAUCACCAGUAGAAGACCAGCCCCAGACCAUCAACCCGUCGCUCCUCGAAAAGAAUCCCCGUGGGCACGUGCCGGCGACGACAAGACGCGAUGGAGCCAACCACAUGGAUAUUCUGGUCAGAGGAAAAGAGAUGGGCAUGAAGAUAUGGGCGGCCGAAAAGCUACAACGUGUACUGGCGUCGAUCCUGGGGGAUGCAGGCAGCCAUACUCACCACUCCCGGAACACGACACACGGCGGUCGACACCAACAUGAAGACUUGGGCCAGGUAUUGAAGCACGAGAAGCUGGCUGCAUAUUCUGAACGCGAACAACCCACGUUGUCUCUGGUGCCGUUCAAGGGACCUUUCAUCUACGUUCACGACAUGGACGAAAAAUAUCGACCGACCAUGGUGAGGGAAUAUGUCAGGGUCAGUCGCCGGUCAGAUGGGGAUUGGCCGCAGUUCCGCUCGGCUAGCGUUGGCAAAUGUCCUUUUGUGGAGGACCCAACCAUGAAGAGGGAGCUGGAACAGGAGCAGCGGACAAGGGCCAGGAUGCUUGCCCUGCAGCAACAUCAACAACCACAGCAUCAUGUGACUCGCACGAGGUCACACGUUACUGUGGACAAGGCGAACCUUGAUCCUCCUACACGUCGUACAAGCCCACGUAAAGCCCUUCAGACCGUUCACAACCCAGCCGAUGUACCCAUGGACCUGGACUCCGAUCGCAAGAAGACAGGUCCUUCUGCUCAUGAGCGACAGCCGUCAUUCCCGCCCAUGCCUGACAGACCAUUUGAGUUUGUUCGGCCUGCCCAGCUACAGAUGUCUCGGGAACCUGCGGCAUCAGGCAUACAAAGGUCCAAUCUGACCUCGGCGAUUCAAUCACAGAUGAUCUCUUCGACAGCUGCUACCGGGGUCAAGGCCGGGACCAGCAAGGAGGUGCACCAGCAGUUGAAACGACAGGUGUUGGAACGAACCCAUACCGGCAGCCUGUCGGUGGGUUCCAUACCAUCGUCUCAUCGGAUGAAUGACCUUGCUGGUGCUCUUAAGAACGUCCGAGCUCCCGCGCCUCAAAGAGCGGCCAAAAGCCGUGCUCAAGAAAAGCUGGGCGGAAUUCAAGAAGAAGACGACGACCAUGUAGAUGACGUUUCAGCCGAACGAGCCGCCCAUCUCAGCCGAAAGAAGAAGGUGGUCAAGAGAGAUCCGAAACCCGGAUACUGUGAGAACUGCCGCGAUAAAUAUGAUGAUUUUGAAGAGCACAUUAUAUCACGCAAACAUCGAAAGUUUGCCAUGACACAAUCAAACUGGAAUGAACUUGACGCCCUUCUUGCCAAACUGCAAGCAUGACUUUCCCAAGCAAAAAAGCGACCAUUUCGAAGAGGUUCUACUGGGUCGAGCGGUGCCUUGAUCAGGUGUGGAGCCGACCGAACAAACGACAGCAUUUUCGCUCACUUUGAUUAUGAACAUUGAAUAGCCUCCUGCAUUUUAGCGGCAAGCAUGUUUUAUUCUGAACGCAUCAACAGAGCCAAAAGACAAAAGAACUGUUAAUCCAGGAAAAAGUAGAACGAUGCAAAGAUGUGGCGGGUUGGGAAUGGCCUUGGACCCGCCAUGGCAACUGCACAAAAAAAGAGACUAGCCAGAUUAUUUAAUUCAAGCAGCCAUUGUCUGUCAAGCGAAGCGCUGGUAAACAGUUACGAGACGAAAGGACAGACGACAUAUCGAAUGAAAGGACUUAGCGAUUGAUUGUACGCGUGUUGAUGAAGCAUAGGGAAUAUUUGGUUGCACAGGAUUUACAGAGUAGUGUUUUUCGCAUUGCAAUGAAUGGAGUCUGGGUUUGACAUUGAUACCUUGAUUAGCGAGGAGAGAGCCAUCUUUUUUUCUUCGUUUUAGUUCUCCGUAACGAGUAGGUCAAUUGAUU